CUGGGUUUGCCGUGCUCGGGCUGGCAGUGCUCCAGUUUGACGACUGCCGGCGAUUCUCGGAGACGCACAGCGUGUCUCUCAGCGGCGCACACAAGAUCUCGCACCAGUUUGAAGGGCUGCAGCCUUGCAAAAGUAACAGCGUCACUUGCCAGGAUCCAUUCCCAACAAGGCGUUGACACUGUUCGCGGUACGAUUUUGUUGUUUUCUGCCCGCAGUACACGUGAAUUUUCUGCAAGUGUUUGGAUGUGUUCCCAAUACAAGUUUGGAUGUGAAUACAGCAAGUGCUUGUGUGUGUGCAUAUUUUUUGUUUCGUGUUUGUGUGUGUGUGUGUACGUUCGAGAUGACAAAAUGACACUUGCAGUGCGAUAAGCCCGGCGCGCAACGAAACAAUCUAACAGCAGCCAGAUCAGUGACAGCAAAACAAUUAGCACACACCAACACUCAUUCUAGAAGCGAGAGUGUUUAGAGUGUUUUAGUGUGUAUGUGUGUGUGUGUGUGUUUUUCACUUCGAAGGAUCUUCUAACUGCUAGCGAAGGAGCCGGAAAGCUGCACUUCUACAAUCAAACGCAGAAGGUGUUUCAGCGCGCUACGAUCAAACAGCCAGCUUUUCGAAAGGGGGCUUUUUACGCCACCUUCGGGGUAAAGGCGAAAGGUGCGCGAGAGGUCCCAGGCCGCAGCGCAGGUGGUCCCCACCCGAGGCUCCCGGUGCACCACGGCACCCGCCACCCGGGCAGGCGAGCGAGCGAGGUAGAGAUUCAUCUUCGAACCGCCCGUCAGGUGCUGCCGCCAUCACCACGGACCAUCCGAGGGGAGCCGGUUUCGAUCCCGUGUUCAGCAUGUUGACCGACAUGAGCCCAUCGGCCGGGGCACAGUUCUACAGCACCCAGAUACCGGCGAUGGGCAUGAACAUCACCAACAUUGCCACCCACAUGCAGAAACCAUCGGAACAUCCGGGAUUGCGCGGCACACCGCUAGCGAUGCUGGCGGCACAGUGCAACAAACUGUCCAGCAAGUCGCCGCCACCGUUGGCGGACGCGGCCGUCGGCAAAGGGUUCCACCCGUGGAAGAAGAGCCCGAUCUCGUCCGGGCCCCACUCACCCUCGAACACACAGUCGGUCGGGCUGGGCGGCGGUGGCAACGGCUCGGGCGUUAGCAGCGCUGGCGGUGGAGGCGGCGGCGGCGGCGGAGGAGGUGGCGGUGGAGGAGGCGGUGGGGGAGGGCUGGGUGGCAAUUCUGUGCUGCAGUCGUCGCUUGGGCGGCUCUCGUCGUCCGGAAGCUCGUCCACCAUCAGCCCGAUGGCGAAUCUGACGUCCAGUGAUCUUUACUUUUCCGGCGCGUCCGGAUCGCCGGGUGGCUGCGGGGCGGACAACGCCCACCACAGCCUGCAGCACGCGCUCGGCGGCAAGGUCGGCGGCGACGGGGGCGGCCCGGGCCAGGCGAGCUCGUCGGCAGCGGCGGCGGCGGCCGCCGCCGCCCAGCUCGGCUCGGUGUACGGCCGCCACCCGUACGACUGGCAUCCGUUCAACGCGGUCGGCAAGCCGGACGCGAACGGGCUGGGCAGCAACGGGGGCCACGGCACGCCGACCGGCUGGUGGGACAUGCACGGGGCGGCCGGCAGCUGGCUGGACAUCGGCACGAGCGCGGCCGCCGGCAUGCACGCGGCCACGAUGGCGAACUAUGCCGCGUCGGCGGCGGCCGCCUCGGUGAGCGGCUCGGAGCAUUACGCCUCGACGCUGACGCACGCGUCCCUCACCAACACCGCCCAUCUGCUCGGCUCCGGCCAGCACCUGCUGCAGGACAGCUGCUACAAGAGCAUGCUGCAGCCGGGCGGCGUGAGCGUCGGCCAGUCCGCGGCCGGCGGGUUCGGGCUCGGCCCGCACGCGGGAGGUUCGCCGGCACCGCCACCGAGCGCCCCGCAGGCACCGUCGCCGCGCAGCCAGCGGCGCUACUCCGGCCGGGCGACCUGCGACUGCCCCAACUGUCAGGAGGCGGAGCGGCUCGGGCCCGCCGGCGUGCACCUGCGCAAGAAGAACAUCCACAGCUGCCACAUACCCGGCUGCGGCAAGGUGUACGGGAAGACGAGCCACCUGAAGGCGCACCUCCGGUGGCAUACCGGCGAGCGGCCGUUCGUCUGCAACUGGCUGUUCUGCGGCAAGCGCUUCACGCGCUCCGACGAGCUGCAGCGGCAUCUGCGCACGCACACAGCGAAACACGUCAAAACCCACAACGGCGGCGGCGCGAGCGGCGGUGGCAGCGGCGGCGGCGGCGGCGGUGGUGCUAGCGGUGCUGGCGGCGGUGCUAGUGGUGGUGGUAGUGGUGGUGGUGGUGGUGGUGGUGGUAGUGGAGGUGCAGGUAAUGCUGGACCUGGAUCGGGCACGAGCAGUGGUGGUGGAGGCAGCGGUUCCGGAGCGGCCAGCUCGGCCAGUGCCGGCGGAGGCGGCGGAAACAGUGCGGCCAGCGAGGGCAACAGUACGAGCGGCCGGUCCAGCGGCAACGGGAACGAGAGCACCAAAAAAGGCACUACCUCACAGGCCCAACAGCAACCGAUGGACGCGCACUGCAGCGAUGGGGAGGAGGGUGGCGCGGGUGGCGUCACCGGCGGCUCGGUCGCUGACCAUCUACACGGCGGACCGCUGGGCGGGCUGGCCGGAGCGCACGGCGUGAUGGGCGGUGGUCCGCCCGGUAUGCUCGGCGGUGGCUCCUGCCACUCGAUGGGCUCGCCCGGACUGUCCCAUCAGCAGCAGCAACACCAUCAACCAGGCACCGGCACACAUCACCAUCACCCGCAUUCGCAUCAUCCACAUCACGCACAUCAUCAUCAUCAGCAGCAACAGCAGCAGCAGCAUCAUCACCAUCAUCAUCAGCAGCAGCAGCACCACGCGCACACGCCCAGCCCGGGCCUGGAGCACGUCAGCCAGCAGCAGCAGCAGCAGAUGGACGUGAAGCCGGGCAUCGUCUGAGGGAGUGCGGCGGAGUGGCACUGGCCACGGCAGAGCCGGCGGGACGGAGGCGCUGAAGGUAGCUCCCACACAUACACACCCUUCGAAACUAGCUUAAUGUCUAAUGUCUAGGAAAUAAUGCGGACUGUUCACGGCCCCAAAACAGGCGAGACGGGGAGCAAAUCAGGGGUAGGGGGAGGGAGGGGAGACAAGUACACAGGUGAACCUGUAAACAUGUUUACUUAACUUAAACACACAGGCGCGCGCAAAAGAAAAAGUAAACUCAUUGUUAUUUUAUCCUCAAGAGUAAGGACGCGCGAUUUCUUGAGGACCUUCGGCAAGAGGAGGCUCGCCUACACUUGUUUUUUUUUUUUUUUGUCUACGACAUUUGUCCUACAGGCCUUGUACAGCAUGCAACACAGCAGGACGGCAGAAAGGUGAAAUGGUCACCGCACCGCUGUCGCCAAAGCGUAAUGUCCAGUGCGAAAGGUAUCGUCAGUGCUGCAAAAUGUCAUUAUCAAUGUCAUAAAAAAAUCUGACAGAAUCAAAACAUAUGUCAGCGUCACGUACUCAAUAUUCAAAAUCAGAGGUGAUACUCAAAACUCGAUUGGUGUGACCAAUGCAUGCUUCGUGACAUCAGAGAUCAGAGAUGAUCAGAGGUGAGACUCAACCAGUUGGUGCGACCAUCACAUGCUUGGUGACAGUUUGUGCAACCAACUCUUGGUCUGUCGCUUGGUCGCGACAUUUUCUGUCAGUGAUUAUCACCAUUGUCAUGGGAGAUAUGCGGUACGUGCGAGGGGUUCGAAAAAACAAAAUGAUCAUGUUUUCUCGCACUGUUUGACCAAACAGACAAUCAAAGUAGACAGAGCGAGAAAGCAUGUUCAUUUUGUUUUUUGAAACCACAAGCGUUUCGCAGAACAUGUCGUGACCAAGUGAGUGUCCAAGAAUUGGGUGCUAAACAAAAAGUCACCAAGCAUUUGAUUGGUCCAUCAACUGUUUGAGUCUCACCCCUGAUCAUCACAGUUGUGUACAUGAGCGGAUUUGAGCUUCGUUUCAGUCAUGAGUGUUGGUGACUGAAACAGUGGCAUUUGGCAGCCCUGUUCACAGCCAGACUCAGCUUGUCAGUCUGUGUAUCGGGUUUGACUCAAGCACUCGUACGUCCCAUUCGGCAUGCCAUGACGCACUUUCAGCAAUGAGUGCAAUGAGUAUCAGCAAUGAACAUCAAACUACCACGGAUAUGUUCAUUGUUUUCGUUGGUGAACAUCUCGUGAUGAUCAUGACACUUUGCAGCGCUGAGUAGCGUUACACGUAGGCCGUUACCUAGCCGUUACCUAAAUUUACGUGAUACUGUGUGCGUGUGUUUCUAUCUUUCCUUUCCUGUUUUCUGGGGCGGUUGGUACUUACGUACAUCACCCCCUCCCUCCCCACACACUCUGAACAAUGUAACGCCAAACUACAUGCGAUGGAAUGCGGCGCGAUACCACUUAAGCAGGCGAAGGGAUGUUAUUGAAUAUUAUAUGCAAACUAAAUAGCAGCAAAACAUAACCAUUUAACAAAACAAAAAAAAAGCGGUGGGAAAGGAGACAAAGUGUUUGCGACUCCCACAUUUGUGCUGGAUGUAGAAGAAGAAGAAGAAGAAGUAGAGGAACAAAAUAACGAACAGAAGUGGCAGUAAAGUUAUCCGUUACUAAUUUAACUAUAAUCUCACGAUGGUCGAUGUAAGUCUUGUUCGUUUGGCGUGCCGAGUUGUUUGUACGUGCAGGGCUUCACCGGUGAGCCGCCAGGGGAAAGGGGGAAGAUUUUAGCGCUGUGUGGAUCGACACGAUCGAAGAAACGCUGUGAAGGGUGGGAGGACUGUACUACCCAACUACUUUAACAAACACAAAACAAACGAUUUUACGGGACAGGUCGGGAGUGUCGGGUGGGUGAAGUCCGUCGUGCAGAAACAGAACAAAAACAAACAAACAAAAAUGUGUUAAAAAAAAACAACAAAACAGAAAAAAAGGCAACGCGAGUACGGCGUUACGGAGCAGGCGAGCAUUAAAGGGUGUAAUGUAUUUGAACUAACUUUAACUUAAACAACUUAAAUUACAAAAUUCGACGAGACGAUAGCGGAAGCGAAAAAAAAUAUUGUAAAAAACAAACACACACACACACACAACAUAUGUAAGCACUAUUAUAAAAUUAUCUGCCACUGUUGCGCGGCAGUUUAUGUGUGUGUGUGUGUGCGUAUUGAGAUACACAGUUGGGGCGGACGUUAUGGAGUCCUCCAGGGGGAUCAAUGUGACUACGUCACAACCGGUCACAACGCUGGCGCCCAGAUUGCUAUCUCUCUUUUUAUUAUUAUUAUUAUUAUUAUUAUUUGUAGGUACUAUUUUAUUACCAUUAUUAUUAUUAUUAUCACUCCCAUUCCCCCGUCCCUCCCAUUCGUCUAACCGUCAUUGAUCCUGAGCUGUCCCCUCCCACAGUUCCCACAGUUGCAUCAGUUCGUUUAAUUAAUUAUGGAGAAGGGAGGCGCGCAGCAACAACACAAAAAAAAACAUUUUCUCGACGGGAAUGAGUACAUUUCACGUAAAAACAAACCUAUCGAUGGAUCGUAAAUAUACACGUAAAUGACACCCA